ACUAUAACAUAGCGACAAUUUGACACUUUACCUGUUCAUCAAUUUUCCUACAUUUGUGGAUGCAUGCAUGCCUACCAGUAAAGUGCAGGAAUAGUCAGGCUUGAUGCGGUGAUAUGAUGGUAGGAUAGCUAAAUGUCGUUUAAGCUGCCUCUUUAAUGUGGGUGUUAUUACGUCAGAAGUAAACGUGAAGAUGGCAACGCAUAAAGUGUCGAGUUAAACAUUUACUCAACAUUACACGAAUAGGAAACCAAUGAAACCAUGCCUUCUCUCUACAUACCUAAAUUGUAACACAAUUCCACGUGGCUUUAAUAUUCAAUAUUAAGCUGCCGGCUUUUACUAUUAAAUUUAAUUGAUUGUACAAGUAUUGAUAGUACAGUGAAAUUACCAAUAAGUUUUUUUCAAAUCCAAUAGUUACAUGUGCACAUAUAUAUUUUAAUUAAAUAUAUUCUUAAGGAGAUAAUAUUCAUUUCAGUUUUUAUUUAUACGAGCCAUUUAACUAUUACGACUCGUAAUUUACGAGGCUGAUUAUUAUUUAAACCACCUCAUUUAUCAAUUAUGACGGCGAGUGCAAGAUAUUCCACCGACCCCGAUCUUGUCUCCUGUCUAACGGAGAAAAUAUUAAUCCAGGCUGGCAUUUCACUGGAGCAGAUACAAACUGGGAUUUCCGUAUUGCAAAAAGUUUCUGGAAUUUUGCUUUCUUCAAACAUUCCAUUGCCACCUUUAAAUCUUAAUGUCGAGAACCUCGUCCAGCAAAGUGCAACUUUGCAGUCAUCAACAUCAUCCAAUGAUGAUGCUGUCAAACUGAUACACUUUCUCAAAGAUCUUCGCCUCCUUUCCAUUGCUCUGCUCAAGAGUAACAAACUAAACAAAUCCAAUGUUGACUUGGGAAGAACGCCAGCAAAUCAAACUCCACCAGAACCGGAAGUGAAGGACAAUGCUCAAGAGUCAGAUGAAGAUGUUCCUGGACACAACUUGAAACAAUUAAACAAUAUCUGCUAUAUUUGCAAGGAAUCAUCCCCUCCGCCAAAGCAUUCCUUUUAUCCCUGGCUCUGUUUGAAAUGCGGUGAUUUGAAUUUCCAGAAACGUUAUCAAACUGCCAAUCUUGGUGGAAAGGUCGCCCUUGUGACUGGUGGCAGGACAAAGAUCGGAUAUGAAAUAGUGCUGAAAUUGUUACGAUGUGAUGUGAAAGUCAUUGUCACGACUCGAUUUCCAGUAGAUGCUCUGAAACGGUAUGAAAAAGAAAAGGAUUUUUCUACCUGGAAAGAUAAACUUCGCCUUUAUCGGCUGGAUUUGAGGUUUCUUCGAGACGUUGAGAACUUUUGUGAUCACAUUAAUAAAAGUUAUGAUAGAUUAGAUAUCCUAAUUGAAAAUGCGGCCCAAACGGUACGACGUCCAACCGUGUAUUAUAGGGAAUUAGUGGAUGGGGAGAAUAAUACUGGUAUUUUAGAAAACGGGGACAUUUUGCAAAGGUUCACUAGUGGCAGAGUAGAGGAGAAGAAAUUAUUGGGUGGGGACGAGAAUGGAAUAUCUGACACAUUGACGACUACAAUUUGUGUGAGGGAUGUGCAAGGGCAGCGACACCACGAGGCUGUCUCCAUGGUCAAGGUACACAGGGAUGAUUACAAGUAUGAGAAAUGUGAACGGUCAAGCCUCCAACAUUUCCCAUCCGGGAUACUAAAUAAGGAUGGAGAUCCGAUCGAUUUGAGAGGAGAGAAUAGUUGGACCUUGGACUUGGAAGACGUUGAAAGCGGAGAGAUGGUUGAGGUCGCUUUGGUCAAUUACAUGGCGCCGUACAUCAUUCUCCAGCGGUUGACACCACUCAUGAAAAGGGGAAGGAGUGAAGGGAUAAACUGGGGUUGGGUGGUCUUAGUUUCUGCCAUGGAGGGCAAGUUUGAAGACUGUCAGAAAUCCGCAAAGCAUCCCCACACGAAUGCUGCAAAAGCCGCCCUCAACAUGCUGGUGCGGACGAGUGGAAAACAUUAUCAAAGAAUGGGCCUUCUUCUGACCGCCGUAGAUACUGGAUGGGUAACUCAAGAGCAUCCUGCGUACGUUCCACGCACCAACAAGCGUUACUCGGAGCAAACUCCACUGGAUGUAAUUGAUGGAGCAGCUCGUGUUUUAGACCCGAUAUUUCACACCGCAAAUACGGGGAAGGUUUGCUUUGGAAAAUUCCUAAAAGAUUAUUUCCCGACGAGUUGGUAACGUAUACAAAAUGUGUAAAUAUAUGGAAUACGGAUUCAACUUAAUAAAAAAAUGAAAAACA